CAUUGGAACUCCGACACGGGGUGAAGCUUCCUUUGUUUAGCUUCUUCUAUAACCAACCUCUCAAGUACCCAGAAGAACUUUUCUGGGAUUCUUUCCAAGGUUCAGCAGUUUCUCAAUUCUUCUUCGUUGGAUGCUGUGUUUGCUGUACAUAAGAGUUCAGAUUGGUCUGUGCAGUGUGGAUUCUUUGCUCUCAGUUUUGAUCACAUCUCAGCCGAAAGAGAAGCUUUCUGCAACUUUGUAGUAUAAUAGUUUGGAGGCGCGAAAGUUGGGUUGAACUUUUGGCCACCAACUGGUCCAUGUUUUGACCGGUGGCUGCUGCUCUUUUGGGUCAAAGUAGAGAGUAGAGCUGGCAAUGAUCUGCCUAAGCGACAGCUCAGUUUCGGUGAUUUCCAUUCUUUCUAUUAUUUGUGUGGUUUGUAGCUCUUGAAUCUUGAGGGUUCUGGAUAUUUGGGAUUGCUUUUGAAGGGUUUGAGAGUUGUGGUUUUGGUGGGUACUUUCUGCUGUUUGUGUUUGUGUUUCUUCACGUUAUGAGAUUCAAAUUUUAGUAGAUUCAGGGAACUGGUUAUUAGAAGUCGGCUCAUGUUUCUUGUGCAUUCAAGAAUUUGGAAAUUGGGAAUUGAUACUGAGGUUUUCGGAGUUUUGGUUUUGGUGGGCUUCUGUUGUUGAGGCCUGUGCAUAAGCUGAAAUGGGAAGUAAUAGGGGAAGUAAUGGUUUAGACCAUCCUUUGAAACAUUCCGAAGAUGAAGGUGUUAGCAGCCCAGGACAGAGUUCUUUUCGGAAGGCAGAGACUCAGAAGACAAAUUCGGUGAGGCGUUCUUCGGUUUUGGAGAUUUUUCAGUCAAAAGAGUUCAAUGUUGAUUCUUCACCUCAGAGAGCAUAUCUUAAUGAAGGCUUGGACCAUUGGAUCACUGCACCUAUUGGAACUCCCAAGAAUUUGUUAAUUGAUGAUCACAACAUUAAAUUCUCUAGGUCGAUGACGGAGAGGAGGGAGAGUCGCAGGCAUGACCUAAAGCUGGAUAGACUAUCUGAACGUGAAAAGAAAAAACUGAUUGUUGAGAUGGUCAAGAUACAAAAUGAUGGAACAGUAGAAGUUGAUUUAGAGAGAAGUGCACCUGUUGCAUCUGAAUUGUUAGAGCUUCAUUCUGUUGAAGAUGUGCCAAUCUAUUUAGAAGAUACAACUUCCAGUACAACAAAAUCAAUUCCAAGAUUGAAAAUUGCCAUGCUUGUGGUUGGAACAAGAGGAGAUGUACAGCCUUUUCUGGCUAUGGCGAAGAGAUUUCAGGAAUUUGGUCACCGUGUUAGGUUGGCAACUCAUGCUAACUUCAGCACUUUUGUAAAAUCAGCUGGUGUAGAAUUUUAUCCUUUGGGCGGUGAUCCUCGUGUUUUGGCAGGAUAUAUGGCCAGAAAUAAAGGUCUCAUUCCAUCUGGACCCGGAGAAAUAUCUAUACAAAGAAAGCAACUAAAGGCAAUUAUUGAGUCUCUUCUUCCGGCAUGCACUGAGCCAGAUAUCGAAACUGGAGUACCUUUUAAGGCACAGGCAAUUAUUGCAAAUCCUCCUGCUUAUGGACAUGCACAUGUUGCUGAAGCUCUUGGAGUACCCCUUCACAUUUUCUUCACAAUGCCAUGGACGCCUACUUAUGAAUUCCCUCACCCACUUGCACGUGUACCUCAAAGUGCUGGUUAUUGGCUUUCAUAUAUUGUUGUGGAUUUACUGAUAUGGUGGGGCAUUAGGAGUUAUAUAAAUGACUUCAGGAAAAAAAAGUUAAAGCUUGCUCCUAUUGCAUACUUCAGCACAUACCAUGGAUCAAUAUCUCAUUUGCCAACAGGGUAUAUGUGGAGUCCUCAUGUUGUACCAAAACCAAGUGAUUGGGGAUCUUUAGUGGAUGUUGUUGGUUAUUGUUUCUUAAACCUUGGAUCGAAGUAUCAACCUCAAGACGAGUUUGUUCAGUGGAUUCAGAAAGGGCCGAAACCUAUCUAUAUUGGCUUUGGAAGCAUGCCCCUUGAUGAUCCCAAGCAAACUACUGAUAUUAUAUUGGAGGCGUUGAAAGACACUGGACAGAGAGGAAUAAUUGAUAAAGGUUGGGGAGACCUAGGGAAUUUAACAGAAGCAUCCGACAGUGUUUUCCUUUUGGAGGACUGCCCUCAUGAUUGGCUGUUUCCUCAAUGUUCAGCAGUGGUUCAUCAUGGUGGUGCUGGAACCACAGCUACAGGAUUAAGAGCUGGGUGUCCAACAACCGUAGUGCCAUUCUUUGGAGAUCAGUUCUUCUGGGGUGAUAGGAUACAUGAGAAAGGAUUGGGACCUUCACCAAUACCUAUAUCCCAGCUCAACGUUGAGAGCCUUUCAAAUGCUAUUAAAUUUAUGCUGGAGCCAGAGGUUAAAUCUCGAGCACUAGAAAUAGCAAAGUUGAUAGAGAAUGAAGACGGUGUUGCAGCUGCAGUUGAUGCAUUUCACCGGCAAUUACCUCAUGAGCUACCAUUACCAACUGCAUCUUCAGAAGAAGAUGAACCUGCAAACCCUUUGCAGUGGCUCUUUCUUCAAAUUGAGAAAUGGUGCUGCCCUUCAAAUUGAGAAAUGGUGCUGCCUGCCAUGUGGUUCGUAGGAUUCUUGCUGUAUUGUACUAGUGUAUAGCUUAUUCUUUUUCUCCUUUUCUUUUUUUCAAAAUUAUUUUUUUUAUAGUCAUAUGUUAUUUAUCUGACAUUUCAUUCAUUUCAUUCAUGGCUUCCCAGUGUGGGUUUGAUCAAUAAUACAGCUACUAUAGGUUUCUGACAGCUUGUGUAAGAGAAUUAGGUUUCGUCUACUUCAUUUUCAGUUAGAAAAACUGAUUUGUAGUGAGAAUAUAUGCUGAACUUAGCCUAAUUAUAUUAAAUUAAUUUUUCAUUCCCUUUCA